ACCUCGAUAGCAACCUUGAUUUCACCAACGAAACCUUCUUUAUUCCCACAACACCCAAGUUGGGACCCAAUCGCAGCUUCUAUUCAAGUUAAAUACCAGCGGAGGAUCGAGCCAUCACGAACGAUGGCUGACUUUCACUUUGGAGGAACUGAGGAAGAGAGCGCCGAGAUAACGAAGCUCAAUAACGAAGUCCUCGAGGAUACAGAUAACUUUGAAAACUGGGAGAAGCUUGUCCGAGCUGCUGAGUCUUUGGAAGGCGGCUUAAAUCGCAACUCGAGUCCUCAAGCAAUUACCACCGUCCGAGAUGUCUACGACCGCUUCCUCCUGAAGUUUCCAUUACUCUUUGGGUAUUGGAAGAAAUAUGCGGAUCUCGAGUUUUUAAUCGCAGGCACCGAAGCCGCAGAAAUGGUCUUUGAGCGAGGUGUCGCGAGCAUCACAAACUCGGUAGACUUGUGGACAGACUAUUGCUCCUUCAAGGUUGAGACGAGCCACGUUCCUGAUGUCACCAGAGAGUUGUUUGAGCGAGGUGCCUCAUGUGUUGGCUUAGACUUUCUGGCACAUCCAUUUUGGGAUAAAUACCUGGAAUUUGAGGACCGCUGGGAGGCACAUGACAAGAUAUUUGCCAUUCUAAGCAGAGUGGUCCAUAUUCCUAUGCAUCAAUAUGCGAGGUAUUUUGAGAAGUUCCGUCAACUCGCCCAUACUCGCCCUGUUUCCGAGCUGUUACCGGCAGAUGUUCUCGCAAAGUACAGCGAGGAAAUCAUGACGGAAGCGUCAAAUUAUCCUUCAGCGCCGAAGGGGGAGCUCGAGGUCGAAAGGGAGCUUCGCGCCAAGAUCGAUAACGACCAUAUGGCGAUUUUCACGAACACGCAAACUGAGACAACGAAGCGUUGGACAUAUGAGUCCGAAGUUAAGCGCCCUUACUUCCAUGUGACUGAGCUCGAUGUGCAUCAAUUAGUCAACUGGCGAAAGUACCUUGAUUUCGAGGAGGCGGAAGGAAACUAUGUUAGAGCCCAAUUCCUCUAUGAGCGAUGCUUGGUUACCUGCGCGUUCUAUGAUGAAUUCUGGUUUAGAUAUGCUAGAUGGAUGCUUGCGCAGGAUGGGAAGGAGGAGGAAGUUCGCAACAUCUACCAGCGUGCGAGCACCCUUUAUGUCCCCAUCAGCAGACCGGGGAUCAGGCUUCAAUACGCAUACUUCGAAGAAUCGGCUGGGCGGCCAGAUGUAUCUCAGGAAAUCCACGAAGCGAUUCUAAUGAGACUCCCUGGAAAUGUGGAGACUAUCGUUUCUUGGGCGAACUUGCAGAGGAGGCAGUCUGGUCUUGAGGCGGCUAUUGAGGUUUAUAAGAACCAGAUUGAUUCGCCUUCCAUCGACAUACAUUCCAAGGCCGCCUUGGUUGUCGACUGGGCAUUCCUUUUGUGGAAGAUCAACGGCUCAGUUACCGACGCACGACAGGUUUUCGAGACCAACGCACAGUGGUAUCCCAGCAGCCGCCAAUUUUGGGAGAAAUACCUACAGUUUGAGCUAGAGCAACCCACGAGCACAGCUUCAGAGAGUGAACAGUACACCAGGAUCAAGCAGGUGUUUGAUGAUAUAAGGAGAAAGGCGCGUUUGACCACUGCUACCGUCAAGGAUUUGAGCCAUUACUAUAUGGAAUACCUUCAGCAGCGAGGGACAAGGGACGCAAUGAAGGAGUUCCUACAAGUUGACCGCGAGAUCAAUGGUCCCGUGUCCGUUCGGUCGUCGGGGGAUGGCGGGAAGCCCGCGGUUCAAGAGAAUGACCAGGACAGCCAAGAUCCGAAGGGUGAUGCGUCGUAUAGCAAGUACUACCGAUUGCCAGAACUUGUUGCCAGUUCGCAGGCUACUGCUCAGUUGGCACCUUUCCAUUGAUCGACUGUUUAGAUUACGGUUGAUAGCAACGUCUGGAGGAAGUAGAUUACCAUGUUGCCCCGUCCUCCUUGCGCCUUCUCGUGGUUUCCAGUUUGUAUGACUAUAAUCUAGAUAGCGGCAGCUUCAGCGAUGAUGUAAGAAAUGGAUGUUAGAAUAGUGGAACUUUGUUCACUGGUUUUGAAGGCCUUUAUAUCUCGCUCAAUUCAAUCCAAGCAACGAGCCUUGCAACUUAUAUAUGACUUUCGGAUUAUUAUUCGUGCUUCGUGAUCUAGGUUUUCAUUAACUAUAUAUCCAUCACUGGAUUAUCAGGGUGACUACCAGGUUAAUUAUUUCAGGA